AUGGCGCCUUACGAAGCACUAUAUGUUCGUAGGUGUCGCACUCCUUCAUGUUGGACUAAGUUGGGUAAUCAGCGUGUUCUGGGCCCUGAGCUAGUAUCUGAUACCGAGGAUAAGUUCAUAUUAAUUCGGGAUCGACUGAAGGCAGCAUCAGACAGACAAAAGUCAUAUGCGGAUCUGAAACAUAAGGAAAUUGAGUAUUCUAUAGAAGAUUUUGUCUUUCUUAAGUUCGAGCUACCUCCGAAAUUAGAGUGGAUUCAUGAUGUGUUCUACGUCUCUAUGCUGAGACGGUACCGCUCUGAUCCUAUACAUGUUGUACCGGUUGAGGAGAUUGAAGUUAGACCAGAUCUGACUUUUGAGGAGGAACCAGUUCAAAUAUUGGACCAAGAUGUGAAAGUAUUAAGAAGGAAGUCUAUUCCACUGGUUAAGGUUUUGUGGCGUAAUCACAGCUCUGAGGAGGCCACGUGGGAACCUGAGGAGGUGAUGUGA